GUCAACUCGCUCGCGAACUUAAAGUGGAUAUGUCAAAGGAGAAAGACGAAAGAAGCUUAUAAUUGAAGCUAAGAUCAGUUUCGGGAAACUCCUAUAGAGUCCGAGUUCCAUCUGCAUUUGCUAUUCCCCGCCAAAAAAAAAACUCCUCCUUAAGCAAAUGGUUAGAUGAAGAAGAUAUUCGGAGGCCCAGGAACAGUGUGUGGCCUGUUACUGAGAAUCGGACAAUGUGCUUCCGCUGCUGCCUCAAUCGGCGUUAUGCUCUCUUCCACCGAGUUCUAUAAUCGCACUGCUUUCUGCUACUUGAUUGCUUCAAUGGGUCUUCAAUUGCUGUGGAGCUUUGGCCUUGCAUGUCUUGAUGUUUAUGCUCUGAGAGGCAAGAAAGAUCUCCAAAACCCAAUCUUGGUUAGCUUAUUCGUCGUUGGUGAUUGGGUGACUGCAAUGUUAUCUCUCGCAGCUGCGUGCUCAUCAGCGGGUGUUGUAGUCUUAUUUGCCAGAGAUCUUAAGUAUUGCAAUAUCCGUGAGCAGUUUUCAUGUCUUAGGUAUCAAGUAGCUGUAGCUCUGGCUUUCGUCUCUUGGUUUCAGAUCGCUAUUUCUUCUCAUGUCACAUUUUGGAUCUUAGCCUCUGUUUAGUUUCUUCAUGAAAUGUUGAGAACAACAUCUUGUAGCUUUUGAUGACGUAUAACGUUUGGUUCAAAUCAUAUC